CAUACCGAGUAUUAUGCUCGCCCUCCUCGCCAUUGACUCCUUCUAUGUAAUAAGCGACCAUGUUUUCAUACAGUGUUCCAAAUACUGGCACUUGGUUUGAUGUAGCCUCAGGGGGGUUACUUCUAACAUAGAUCAUCAUCUACAUUUCGAUGGUCUAGCCUCACCGUGAUUCUCCAGCCCCUCAAGUUAGAUAAUCUUGUUGAAAUGUCCACACUUGAGUCGCAGGUGAUAUCCUUUAGCCUAGGAGGUCAUGUUAGAUGGCAGUUUCGUAUCGAUCUAACAACACCAGAGUCCUCCACUUGCUCUUCUCCGACUUCUGAAGCGAUCGCUUUUAACUAUCCGCCAAAUUUAGCUGAUCUGAUAGACAGCGUCGAAGUAGACGUCCCACUCUCGUUCUCAGCACUUAUGAAACACAUGGUAAGUGAACUUCUGCUUACGGGUGAACGUCCUCUCCUGGAACAUCUCCUUUGGAGACCGGUUAUGCUUGCUGAUGUCGAAGUUCUUGUCCCUGCACUCAUCAAGAGUGCCGCAGUCAUGGAUCAGCUGAUUGUGAAUAUCAGCUACUUUAGUGCAUUAGGGCUCAUUCCGUCUCAUGACCUCGAGCACAUGCUCAUACACCUCAUUGCUGUUGACGAUGAUCAAAAUCACCUGUACGGGACAGCAAAGGCCUGUAUUGAGCUUGAACGCCGGCGCCAUCAGUACUUGGAGUACAUCGACCGUCAAAAGCGGGUCGAGCCUCAUGGGCAAAUCGAUGAAUUGGUUAACAGAGCCCAGCAUUGUGAGACAGUUGGCGAGUCUUCUCGUUCGCAGCUGCACAACGGCCCAGGGCUAACGGAUCGGAAGCAUCCUAGGGCCCGGCUGCCGCAAAAUGAUACGCGACUAGCCAGUGCAAUGCCCGACCUGUUGGCUUCGGAAAUGAAUACGGAGCCUGAGUAUGACUUUCUGUGGGGGUAAGAGCAAAGCCAUAUCUGACGCUCUAUCUGGCAGAAAGCAGAAGAGGAAGAUUGUCGUGAACCUCCAACCCAGGGAACCUGCGCCUGUCGCUCAAAUCCCUACACGCACGUUUGCUCUCCGGAAAGUAGACGGAUCAUCACUGUGACCAACAAACAACAAAUUU